AUAUUCCUAAAAAAUUAUCAUAAAAUUGGAAAAUAUCAAAAAAUGUGACGUUUAGAUUUCUCUCAAGUACUAAUUAAUGCUUUUCCAUUGUUACAAUUUUUAAAUGUCUCGAAACUCUCUCGCACUUUGUAUUAAUUAAACAACUAAUUUUUUUUAUUGCAUUUCUCACUUUCUGCAUGUGACUGGCAAAACUUCUAAACAAUGGAUUAUUUGGGAGAUAAUGGUGGUCUAGGCUUGACCUCAGAGCAAACAGAAAAAGUGCUACAGUUUCAAGAUCUCACAGGCAUAGAGGACAUGUCCAUCUGCAGAGACGUGUUACAACGGCACCAGUGGAACCUCGAGGUUGCCGUACAGGAACAGUUAAACAUACGAGAGGGACGACCGUCACUCUACGCGACCGAGACUAGACCUCCCGCCGUUGUCAGUGAUCAUUUAGGCCAGCACGUAUUCUACACGCCCCCAACUGACGGUUCCGGAAGCGGUAUACGAGGAUUCUUCGCAAAUAUUAUUAAUUUCUUUUGGACACUGUGUUAUAAUACGAUAAUUACAUUUUUGCAAAUUGGAAGGAGAGUCAUUGGAACAGAUAGUCGUAAUGCAUUAACCAAUCCCAUAGAAGAUGUUCUCGAUUUUAUUAGGGUAUAUGAAGAGAAGUAUUCUAGUGUACACCCUGUCUUUUAUCAGGGUACUUAUUCCCAAGUUUUAAAUGAUGCCAAGCAUGAACUUAAGUUUUUGCUGAUUUAUUUGCAUAGUGAUAAUGCAAUCGACACUUUAGCAUUUUGCAGGGACACCCUAUCCCAACCAGAUGUAGUCACGUAUAUCAACACAAACUUCCUCUUCUGGGGAUGCUCGUCGAAAUCCGGAGAAGGAUACAAAGUGUCUCAAUUGUUCCGACCGAAACAUUAUCCAUACAUGGCGGUGGUCGUCCUAAAAGAUAACCGCAUGACUAUCGUAAGUCGUAUGGAAGGUUAUUGCGAUAGCAAUGUGCUUCUACAUCGAUUGACAACGGUAGUCGCAGAGUUUGAAAUUAAUCUUGUACAGGCCCGAACGGAUCGAGUUGAAGCUAGCCUCAAUCGAUCUCUUCGUGCACAUCAAGACGAGGCAUUUUUAGAAUCCCUAAGGGCGGAUCAGGAGAAGGAGAGGAGGCGGCGCGAGGAGCGGGAGGCGGAACAAGCCGAGUUGAGAAGAAUGGAGCAGGAGGCUCGCGCCGAACAGGAGCGACGCCAAAGUAUCGCGCAAGAGAAAAUCAAUUCCGUAACUAAAGUGCCUAGCGAACCCGACGCUAAUCAUCCAGAUGCAGUUCACGUCGUCUUUAAAUUACCUUCGGGUCAUAGACUCGAACGCCGCUUCCUGAAAUCACAUUCCUUAGAGGCAAUUUUUUAUUUCGUCUUCUGCCACCCCGCUGCCCCAGAUACUUUCGAAAUAACCACAAACUUUCCAAAAAAGGUUUUAUAUUGUGUGCCCCAACACGAAUCGGACUAUGUGCAAACGCUAGAGGAAGCUGGAUUACAACAUCGCGAAGUGCUGUUCAUUAACGAUCUUGAUGCGUAGUGUAAUCGCUCGUCUCGUCAGUUUAGAAAAUUACAAUUUACGUUUGAUGUAACUAAAAAGUGUGAUUAAAUUAAGUUCAAUUUAAUAGGUCCAAGUUAUAUAUUAUUAUUAUUAUUGAUUAUUUAUAAGGCUAUAUUCGCUUGUUUGAUUGUUCCUACUCUUCCAUUUUGUUCAAAAAUUAUGUAUUUGAGUUGUCAUUAAAUUAUACAUUUGUUUACCAUAGGGAGAAAGAA